GUCGACCCCGUCACCCCUUCGACACCUCCAAUAACAGUGGCCAAGGAUCACUACGGUCCGGCGUCACAGUUUCUCAGUCACUUUCUGUCGCUGUUGUUUCUUCAGUCGGAAAACCUUGAGGCACCAAUCAUUCGUCAAGUGAAAGAAAGCUGUAGUUUUGAGUUGAGUCCUUUGCUAUACGAAAGCGUGUUCGAGCAGAUCAAGACAUUCACCGAACGAUUUUUUGAUUCCUCCGGAGAAAUAUUGCUGACCUACGGAAACACGCAGUUCAUCGAACACGCUGUUUAUAUCAUGAAGAAUAUACUUCUUGAAAUCGGAUCUACCUGGAAGAGCGACCUAAAGAUUUCUUGCAUCGAGCCGAUAUUGUUGACCUUCUGCAGGUAUUUUUCCCUGUUCAUGAACCUCCUGAAUGACUGCUCGGCUAGCGAUUCCUGCAGCGGUGUCGACAGUGACAAUAUCUCGGUGAAAGGCCUGUGCUCGGAAUACGCCAGGGGUUCCUUUAGCGCUGGUUCUUCAACGGGUUCCAAACAGCAGGGUGAAAACAACACUGAUCUGCUGCGGAAUGCCACCAUCGAGUCGAUGUCAUGCUUGCUGGCUGCGAACAUCGAUACUGGGUUAAUUCAUUCCGUAGGACUCGGUUAUCACAAGGACACGCGUGUUCGACUGGCGUUUGUACAAGUCUUGAUAAAGAUCUUGCAACAAGGAACCGAGUUCGAGACCUUGAAUGAAACGGUGAUGGCUGAUCGAUAUGAAGAACUUAUUCGACUGGUAACGAUGAUCACGGCUGAUGGCGAAAUGCCGGUUGUCAAUGCUCUUGAUGAGUUGGCGAUAAUAUUGGUCACAGUGUCAGCUUGGCGAAAUCUUUUGAACGAGUUGCUGUGGAAAUUGUUUUCGCAGGAAGUGAAGUUAGCAGAAGCGCCGACGACACUGUUUCGAGGAAACACGUUGGCCAGCAAGAUCAUGGGCUACUGUUUCAAACUUUACGGCGCUUCAUACCUGCGAAACGUGCUAAGGGAUUUCGUCUCGCACGUCAUCAUCCAAUCGAACCGCCAGUGUUACGAGGUGAACCCUUCAAGGUUCCCUGUUCAGCUGAAAAGCACCUGUAACAUUCUUUACAACGUGGUGAAUGCCCGUUUUCCGAACAACGGUUUGCUUGCCGUCGGCAUGAUCCUGUUUCUUCGUUUUUUUAAUCCAGCGAUUGACAUCUAUCCCAAUCAUACGGUGAAACGCGGCUUGAUGCUGGUGUCGAAAGUUUUGCAGCAGAUAGCAAACCAGACGGAUUUCGUCAAGGACACUUGUUUGCAGUCGUUUGUUUCCAACAUCACGUUGGAGUCGCCCUCGUGUAUAAUUUCAAGUCCGACAGUGACAUUCGUCCACGACGCUACCGUCUCGUCUCUCCAUCGCUUGCUCUGGCGAUACCAGGACGAAAUUGGUGAAUAUCUUACGUCGGUACGAUCGUACGAGUUGAUCUCUCGUCGACUGAUCACGCUGCUGGCACAGAUGGGUCCUGCUGAGCACAAAACUUCUGAAACAGGGUGGAACAGCGCUGAUCUGACCAGCAAUCAGUUCGAGGAAUUCAUGGCCAAACAGAACAUGACUGAGAAAGAGGAGUUCAAGUCAGUAAAGGCUACGAAUGUCUUCUACCAGUCAGGGUAUAGCAGAAACGGUUAUCCAACGUUCUAUUUCAUUGCUGUUAGAUACAAGUGA